GGCUAACAAAUAAACAAACAAGAUCGAGAAAUGGAAUUACCACUUUUAGUAAGAAGCGGACUGGAUCUGCUAACACAUUCAAAUUGCAAUGCAAUUAUCGACAAAGCGUUUGAUAUUAUGAGUCAAUCUCAAACAGUACAUAUUUCAGAUUCCGCUGAAUACUCUUUGGUCACUAUUUUAGUCUUAGGCUACCAGCAAAACUAUGACAAAGAACAAAUGCGCGAAUUUCUUGAAACGCAUAUUCAGGACAAGUAUACAGUAUACAGUAUCCUUUCCAGAUAUGUUGCUCAUGAAAACGAAUAUAUCACAAAAACUACGAGCUUCGGUAUUGCGCUACCACAUGUUACCGAUGCGAACUGGACACUUCGCUCGGAUUUGUCAUCUUCCUGUUACUCCGUAUCAUCAGGUAAUCUAAGUUUCAAUAUAGACUUGGAAUCUUUUGAUAAUAAGAAGAAAACAAAAGUAUCUGUGGUACGAUUUAUCUGUACCCCUGAGGAGCUUCAGUUAUUCAUAAACAAACUAAAAGAUAUUGAAUUGAAUUGUGACAAGUUAUGCAAAUAAGACAAA